GGGCGGACCACUACAGGCGCGCUCUGCACGACGCGCGUCAGCGCCGGCGCCUCGGCAAAUAACCUCAUUCUGCAUACGGACUGUUAUUUAGUGGCUCUUCUCCUCUUGAAUUUGAGAUAACGGUACAAGUGUGAGCCACAGUUCAAGUACCGCCAUGGCUGCACUGUCGGGGGGUGAGACGUGCAUCAAAUACCUGAUGUUUGCCUUCAAUCUGGUGUUCUGGCUCGCCGGCACUGCUGUAUUAGCUAUAGGACUGUGGCUAAGAUUAGACCAGAAGACCAAAGGCUUGUUUGAAGAACCAGAUUCUUCGUAUGUGUUUUACACAGGUGUAUAUAUUCUGAUAGCAGCUGGAGCACUGAUAAUGGUGGUGGGCUUUCUGGGAUGUUGUGGUGCCAUCCGGGAGUCCCCCUGUAUGCUUGGAAUGUUCUUCUUCUUCCUGCUAAUCAUAUUUGCCAUUGAGGUAGCUGCUGGAAUCUGGGGAUUUUCUAACCAAAGCCAGGUGGUGAAUGAUAUCACAGGAUUUUACACACAGACGUACAACAACUACAAGUCAAGUGGAGACGAGCACCUCAAAGAGACACUGCGGGUGAUUCAAACUGAGCUGAACUGUUGUGGUCCAAAUGGGAGGUUACAGGAAACAAACCCAGAAACUUGUCCAAAGGGAGAGCUGCUGGAGGAGCUCAUUACUAAGAGCUGCCCUGAUGCCAUUGAAGAGGUGUUUAACUCCAAGUUGCACAUCAUAGGAGGAGUAGGCAUCACCAUCGGGGUCAUUAUGGUGUUUGGGAUGAUCUUUAGCAUGCUCUUGUGCUGCGCCAUCAGGAGGUCCAGGGAGGUGGUGUGACACCCUCUCAAAGUCCUCAUUAAUGUUGCAUGAUGUCAUUCCUAGAGUCCCACGACUCUCCACUGCCAGUAGAAACACUGCUCGUUAAAGGGGGGAUAACCUAAGCUUGGGCUGGGUGCACAUAUUUCUGAUUGCAUUAUACGUCAGUCUUAUCUGUGCUGCUGACGCUUAGGCCCACUUUCCUGGACUAGAUAGCUGUUAUGUGGUUAUAAGGCCCAAUUAUAAAAUGGGUGUCAUCUGUUAUUCAGUGGCAGUGUAGUAAAAAGAAAUGUGUACUUUUGUGGUGAUUUGACUGAAAUUAGUGUGUGAACAGCUAAUUAUCUAAACAAAACAUGAUACUAUUGUAUACUGAUAACAUUUCUAUCGCUGUCACUUGGGGUUAUCUACUAGCAAGAACAUGGUCCAGAUAUUAAAAAAAACCAAAAAAGCAAACACUUCUGCACAACACAGCCUCAGCAGUUUUACAGUUCCUUUUUUCAUGCAACUUCUUAAGUAAAAUUAAGGUGAUGAGUAGCCAGCUGAAUACCGAGCUGUUAACUUUAACCAGCUUGGUGCUAAAGUAGCAUCUUGAUUCCUGUAUUUUCAUGACUUUUGAUUUGUUCCUUAUCCUGAUUUGUGUUUGUAAAUGUUUUCCUUUUUGUAUUUGUAAGAUUUCUAAUGUUAGCUGUUUAUAUUUUUACGUGCAGUUUGACGAUGCAUUUUGCAGUGUCCUCUUCAGUUUUACAGAGAUUGAUUUAUAUCAUAUGCACUGUUUCACAGAGACAAAAUUUAACAAUAAGCGCCAAAUAAACUAAAAUGUAUUGAGUCGA